AUGUCUCCUCUCCACGUCUCCUUUCCCGGCAGCAAGUCUCGCCGCGAUCGUCAAGCACAGCGCUCUACAAUGGACAGAAUGGUUGCGAACCACCCUUCCAUGCAAGGCGAGAGUGCUCGAGGGCGCCAGCCAACUCGUCGAGGUGAUUCUCCCGUUCCCCCAAGCUACCCGUCCCUCCCAAGCUACGGCAUCUCUGGAUAUGGUCCUACUGGCUAUACUGGCAGUCCUCGUCAGCAUCCAGAGUCGAGUCGGCUGGCGUCUCCAACUCGUCGAGGUAGAGAGCAACAGUUCUCUGGCGCGCGCGACCCUCGAUACCAGGAACAGCGUCCCCGUGGAGGGCGUGAUGGAACUGCCCUCGAUGGACUCGGCUACCGCACUUACUCGCCUCAACCCGCGACCAUGCGGAGACGCUUCAAGUCUCCAGACCACUGCGCCACAACUGAUCAGAGUACAUCAUCGAAGACUCCGAUUUGGCAACGCGGUCGAUCCCCUCCGCCCAAGCGUUACGCUCCCCGCUCCACGACAUCUGGAAACCUGAGCUUCAACUCGAAAGAUCGAUCCCCUUCUCGCCGAUCUACCAUGUCAGCUCUCGACAUCGGUCCCCCAGCCCGUACCUCUAGCUCGACCGAUUUCUCGGUUCCUUCUGCCAAAUCCUACCACUCCUCUACACACGGCAACAAGAYCUUCGCAACCCGCUCCUUCGGCCAGUCGACCGUGCGCGACAGCUCGGCAUCCCGCAACGCACUCUGCCGCGUUCAGAAAUCCGAGUACGAACCUGCACGCGAGUCGCCGCGCGAGGCAAUCGCUCGUGCUCAGAUGAAGAAGGCUCGAGAAUCGGGCAAUGCGCGGGAGCCUGAGCGCAACAUUCCGAGGCAGAGUGAGCGUGGUCGCAAUGCAGAGCCCUCGUAUCUCAACGCCGAUGGAUUCCCGAGUUGGUACGAGCGACAUUUACGUCAUGCGAGGCCGAGCCAGGCGCAGCGCGACCACGAUGGGCGGACGCAGAGAGUUGAGCAGCAGGGGUUUCGGAACUGGUAUUGGGGAAAGAAGGACUGA